AUGGCUACACAUCAAUUCUCCGCUGCAGAUCCCACUUCCCCAGUGGCGACAGUUGAGACGUCUCAUGAGACCAUGACAGCGCAACAGUCUUCCGCUGGAACCGCCACUCCCCCAGAUCCUUCCGCCAUUCCCUCAGAUCCUUCCGCCAAUCCAGCAGCGCCUUCCGCCACUCCUCCUGAUCCUUCCGCCUCUUCCCCAGCGGCUUCCGCCACUCCCCCAGAUGCUUCCGCCACUCCGUCAGCGCCUUCCGCCACUCCCCCAGCACCUUCCGCGACUCCUCCAGAUCCUUCCGCCACUCCCUCAGAUCCUUCCGCCACUCCCCCAGCGCCUUCCGCCAGUCCCCGAGCGCCGUCUGCUAGUCCUCCAGCGCCUGCUGCGCCGCCGUUGGCGGAGGCAGAGGGAGGAGGGCAGGGUCAGGAUGAGGGGCAGAGUCAGGGGCGAGGGGAGGCGGAGCGGGGCGGAGAGGAGGGGGGAGGAGGAAAAGAGACGCAAUCGGGUGGGGGUCAGGGGCAGGGGCAGAGCGGGGGAGGGGAGGCUGCGGAGAGCUGGUACAAGAUAAAGCGCGUGUCGUUCCUGGGGCGGCAGCAGGUGCCCAUCGUCAUGCAAAACGACAACGGGCCGUGCCCCCUCCUCGGCAUUGCCAACGUGCUGCUGCUCCGCAACGCCAUCUCCCUCCGCCCCAGCGCUACUGAGAUCUCCCAGUCGGACCUGCUGUCACUGGUGGCACACCGGCUGCUGGAUAGCAAUACAGGGAUGGAGGGCCGCUCAGCAGAGUAUAUCACCAACCGGCAGCAGAACGUGGCGGACUGCAUGGCUCUGCUCUUACUGUCCCUCCGCCUCUCACGUUCCUUUUACCUUUCUCAGGGCCGCUCAGCAGAGUAUAUCACCAACCGGCAGCAGAACGUGGCGGACUGCAUGGCUCUGCUGCCGCGCCUUGCCACGGGGAUUGACGUCAACGUGCGCUUCACAGGCAUUCAUGCCUUUGAGUUCACGCCAGAGACAGCAAUCUUUGACCUGCUGGACAUCAGCCUCGUGCAUGGCUGGCUGGUGGACUCGCAGGACUCGGCCACAGCAGCAGCGGUGGGGUCUCUCUCUUACAACAGCAUCGUGGAGCGCCUCGUCGCCCUGCAGGCCUCCCACCCCGACCUUGCUGCUGCUCUGCUGGGCGGGGGAGGGGGAGGGGGAGGGGGAGGAGGAGGAGGAGGGGGAAGCGGGGAAGGGGGAGUUGGGGGAGUAGGUGGUGGGGAGGGACUAGGAGAAAGAAGAGUGGGAAGUGGGUCUGGGGAAGGAGGGGAUGUGGGAAAAGCAGGGAGUGGUGGGCAGGAGGGUGGGGGGAAAACAAUGGCGGGGAAAGAAAAAAGGGAGGGGGAAACAGUCCUAGGAGAUGAAGGAGAUGCAGUGAAUGAGGGGGAGGGGGAGGGGGAAGUGACAGCAGCAGCCCUGGCUGAGUCCCUUGCAGCCCUUCUCCUUUCCGAACCUUUACCACUUUCCGAUCCGUCACUGGUUUCUGAGCCUCAUCCAGCUUCCGAGCCUGUUCCUGCAUCCGAGCCUGCAUCGGUUUCCGAGCCUCGUACAUCCUCCGAGCCUCUUUCUGCCUCGGCUGCCCGAGCCUGUGCUGCUGCAGAAGAAACAAGCGGGGCGGAGUGUGAGAGGGAUACAGAGGGAGAAAGUGUAGAGAGAAGACAGAAGGGUGGUGAGGGGUUGGAGGGGGUAGAGAGUGGUGCAGAGACGAGGCAGGGGGGUGAGGCUGCUUCUGCUCCAGAAAGGCCUGCUGAAGAGAAGGUUAGAAGCCAGGAGGAGCAAGUGAGGAGGGAAGAGGGGGGCAGAGGGAAGGAGCAAGGGAGAAGGGAAGAUGGAGGGAAGGGAGAGCAGAGGGAAGGGGAGGUGUGCGGGAGUGGGGAUGGAGCGGGGAGGAGCGAAGGGGGAGCUGCACUGGCAGUAGGAGGGGGGGAGCAGGCAGGGGGAGGGGAGAUGCGGGAUGAUGUGCGGGAAGCUCUGCUGCUCUUCACGUUUCUCAACGACACAGCCAGCCAGCUCACCUACCACGGCCUCUUCAGCCUACAGGAGGGAGUGAAGGAGAAUCAGCUCUGCGUGUUCUUCCGCAAUAAUCAUUUCAGCACUCUCUUUAAGUGUACCAGCCACAUCUACCUGCUGGUGACGGAUCAGGGCCAUCUCAACCAACCCGGCGUCGUGUGGGAGAGGUGGGAUGAGACAACUCACUCCCUUCCUACCUUCAAUCCCCGCCUUCUCCCUGCCAUGACCCCCAGAGCACCAACCACAUCUAACCCGGCGUCGUGUGGGGGAGGCUGGGGCAGGUGGAGGGGGAAAAAUCACUCCCUUGCCUCCCUUGCCCCACUUCCUUCCGUGACCUGUCCCUCCCUCUCCCCACCCACAGCGUACCAACCACAUCUACCUGCUGGUCACCGAUCAGGGCUAUCUGAACCAGCCGAGCGUUGUGUGGGAGAGGCCGGGGCAGGUGGAGGGAGACAACUCACUCUCCCUUCCCCACCCUGCCACCCUUGUUACCCCCAGCGCACCAACCACAUCUACCUGCUGGUGACGGAUCAGGGCUACCUCAACCAGCCGGGUGUCGUGUGGGAGAGGCUGGGGCAGCGCACCAACCACAUCUACCUACUCGUCACCGAUCAAGGCUACCUCAACCAACCAGGUGUCGUGUGGGAGAGGCUGGGGCAGCGCACCAACCACAUAUACCUACUCGUCACCGAUCAGGGCUAUCUGAACCAGCCAGGCGUCGUGUGGGAGAGGCUGGGGCAGGUGGAGGGAGACACCACGCUCUGUGAGGGGGACUUCGCCUUUAGAGGCGGAUUUUGUCGUUUAUGGAGCCUCAGAUUUCGACCUGUGCAGCUGUCUUUACUCCCUGUACUCCCUUUGCGCUCUUCCCUCCCCUGCUACCAGCGCACCAACCACAUCUACCUACUCGUCACGGAUCAAGGCUAUCUGAACCAACCAGGCGUGGUGUGGGAGAGGCUGGGGCAGCGCACCAACCACAUCUACCUGCUGGUCACCGAUCAGGGCUAUCUGAACCAACCAGGCGUGGUGUGGGAGAGGCUGGGGCAGGUGGAGGGAGACAACACGCUCUGUGAGGGGGACUUCACUCCCUUUGCUCCUCCGCCAUCUCUGGCCCUGGCUCACGGGGCCGAGGGGGUUGCUGGGCAGUGGACGCAUGAGGACGAUGCUGCCAUUGCCGCCGCUGCCGCUGCUGUGAGUAUGGCUUGGGGCAGGUGUGGGACCGUGAGUAUGAGCAGCUGUUGCUGUGAGUAUGCCUUGGAGCAGGUGGAGGGAGACACCACGCUCUGUGAGGGGGACUUCACUCCCUUUGCUCCUCCACCGUCGCUGGCCCUGAGUCAUGACAGCGCUGCUGCUGCACAGUGGACGCAUGAAGAUGAUGCUGCCAUCGCUGCUGCCGCCGCUGCUGUGAGUAAUAGCUUGUAG